GUGCCUUGGCCACAGAAGGUUUGGGAACCCCUGCAUUAAAGAAACAGUUCCUGCAGUACCGACACCUGCAUGCAGGGGGACCACACACUCUGAAUCACACAACACAUUCCGACACACUGCUUCCACCAUGGGCUCCUCGGCGGCUGCAGCCCGAGCUCUGCGGCUCUCUGCGCUCUGCCCCCGGACACCCCCUGCUGCACGGACCGCUGCAACCAGAAGAAAGCUCAGUGAGUCCCGGGAUCUGAAGAGCAUCGAUGAGCUGCCCGGGCCCAGUUUACCCACCACCCUGUACUGGUUAUUCGUCAAAGGAUAUGCGGACAAGAGCCACUUACUGCAGCUUGUACAGAAGAACCUGUUCGGGCCCAUCUGGCGCUCCAGGUUCGGCCCGUUCGACAUCGUCAAUGUGGCGACGCCGGAGCUCAUCGCUCAGGUGAUCCAGCAGGAGGGACGCUACCCGGCGCGGGCCGAGCUGCCCCACUGGAAGGAGUACCGGGACCUGAGAGGACAGGCCUACGGGCUGCAUGUGGACACGGGGCCGGAGUGGUACCGAAUCCGCAGAGCCCUGAACCCCAAGAUGCUGAAGCUGCAGGAAGUGACGGCCUACGCCCCCAUCAUCCACCAGGUGGUGGGAGAUCUGCUGCACCGCAUCGAGUUCCUCCGAAGUCGCAGCGAGGACCGCGCCACCAUUUCAAACAUGGCCGCUGAGCUCUACAAGUUCGGCUUUGAAGGCAUCUCCUCCAUCUUGUUUGAGACCAGGUUGGGCUGCCUGCAGGAGGAGAUUCCCCGGGACACGCUGCGCUUCAUCACCGCCGUCGAUGACAUGCUGAUGCUCUCCGAGCUCGUGGUCCUCUUCCCCCGCUGGAGCCGCGGCGUCCUGCCCUUCUGGAGGCGCUUCGUUCAGGCCUGGGACGACCUCUGUGGCGUUGCCCGGACGCUCAUCGACAGGAGGAUCGCUGAGAUCGAGGCUCAGGUGAGCAGCGGCGAGCCGGCAGAGGGCAUGUACCUGACCUACCUGCUGUCCUCUGACAGGCUGAGCAGAGGCGAGGUCUACACCAGCGUCACCGAGCUGCUGCUGGGAGGGGUCGACACGACCUCCAACACCCUGUCGUGGACGUUGUACCACUUGGCGAGGGACGGCGGGGCUCAGGAUCGACUGUACAGAGAGGUGAACGCCGUGUGUCCCGACAGACGGGAGCCGACCACAGACGACCUGCGCAGGAUGCCCUUCCUGAAGGCCGUCGUCAAGGAGACGCUACGCCUUUAUCCCGUGGUCCCUGGAAACGGACGGUUUAUGUCCGAGGACGAGGUCGUCGUGGGAAACUACUGGUUCCCCCAGAAGACUCAGUUCCAUCUGUGUCAUUACGCCGUCUGUCACGAUGAAGCACAGUUUGUAGACGCUGAGCUCUUCAUCCCGGAGCGGUGGAUCCGUGCCAAGGCGCCCGACAGCGACUUCAGUGUAGCGGCGCCCGGCUUCUUCCAGCACCACCCGUACAGCUUCAUCCCCUUCGGGGUCGGCUUGCGAGGAUGUGUGGGGAAGAGGGUGGCGGAGAUGGAGAUGUUCUUUGCUCUGUCCAGGCUCAUGCAGCACUUUGAAGUCCAGCCUGAACAAGGUGCACCGGUCGUGGAGCCUAAAACUCGAACCCUGCUCAUCCCUGCAAAGCCCAUCAACCUGCGCUUCCUGCCCAGAGCCUGAUGAUGGCGCCGCUGAGGGUCAACUGUACACGUGCGAGUCCAACUAAAUGAGCUGCAAAUGUGUGUACACACCUGUAAUCUAUACAGGUGUGUACACACCUGUAAUCUAUACAGGUAUAGAUCAAAUCCAUGAAUAACAUAUACGACGACAUGAGUUACCAAAGUACAGGAAAGUCCUGGAACUAUAUUCAGAACACAAAUCACUGAAGGAACGAUUUGUAGCGUGAAUAUAAGAAAAUGCACCAAUUCAAUCAUGAAAAAGUAACAAGCGUGUGAUUUUUGCUAACUUGUGAGUUCAUGAAUGCAUUUUAACAUCACCAUAUAAAUACCUUAUAAAGUCAGUGAAGAAGUUGAAGCACAUCUGACACUCCUGUGACACUGACACUCCUGUGACACUGACACUCCUGUGACACUGACACUCCUGUAACACUGACACUCCUGUGACACUGACACUCCUGUGACAC